GUGAGUGCAAGCUCAAGGGUUUUGAGUACAACCUAGUUAAGAUUAUUACCUACACUAAUAAAUAACCAGGUAAGCAAGGUCGACGAAAUGCACCAGUGUCUUAUUUUCCAUGCUGAUAAGAACAUCAUUUCUCUGAUUUAUUUACGCAUCCUCUGUAAUUACACUCCUGAUGAUACAAAUAUACACACGAAAGCUACAUUAAGUUUGCAAAGGAAGUGCAAAAAAAACUUCAAUUUCGUCCAUUGUAUCAAGUUUGUUGCGUGUCUAAUGAAUAUUUUGGGAUCCGUUUCCAUGUAAGGAACUAUUUUCUCUCAAGCUUAAUUCUGGAAAGGCUGGCUGUCGUGCUAUGGAAUGAUGACACUUGGCAGUUUUUGGCUCAGUCGACAUGUCUCGACAUGAGGUGAAAAUGGUGUGAAUCCAGUGUAUUUUUUGUGAUUCCUUAAUCAUGAGCUAAUUGUGUGAUUCGGCAGCUAUAAUAACUAGGAUUAGGUAAUCUAUAUACUUAUGUACAGAGAUGUGAACUUUACCUCGAUUGCGAUGUGACGUGAUUAAGUAGAAAAGUGCGAUUUGUAUACGAGCCACAUGUGGUAUUAGUGACAUUUGGCAAAUCUAUGUAAUUUGUUACGUUAUCUUCUGUUUGUUCGGAAGCAACAAAUCAAUGUGCCUCUGGGAAAUGUAUCCGCACUAAUUUCUACACCUUUGACAACUCCGGCGACCCAUAAUACCACAGAGACAUUGGAAACCAUCAUGGGGCACAAAACUUUGCUUUCUGCCAAUUCCAAUAACCUGGUUGGUGGGACGUCGCAAUAUGAUCCCGGUGAAAUGGCGUGGCUCAUGGGAUGCACAGCUAUUACGUGGAUUAUGAUUCCAGGAGUGGGCUUUUUCUACAGCGGUGUCGCUCGAAGCAAAAGCUCUCUCAGCCUUCUGAUGAUAUGUCUAUGGACUUGCGCCAUAGUUAGUUUUCAAUGGUACUUGAUCGGAUUCUCGUUAUGCUUAAGCACAAAGGGAAACCAAAUCAUAGGUGGGUUGGACCACUUAUUCCUUACGAACACUAACCAACCUUACCACGGUAACCCUAAAAUCCCCACGCUCCUCGUAAGCAUCUGGUACGGACUCUUUGCCGCCAUCACGCCCACCAUCAUUUUGGGCGGGAUCGCCGAAAGGACUCGUUUCCUUCCCACCAUCGUGUUCAUUUUUUUCUGGACCACUUUUUGCUUCGAUGUUUUAACCUACUGGACCUGGAACCAAAAUGGGUGGACAUAUGUCUUGGGGGCGUUAGAUUUUGGCGGUGGUACCCCAGUUCAUUUGUCGACGGGUGCAGCCGCUCUUGCAUUUGCAGUCAUGGUGGGAAAACGGAUCGACACCAGUGAAAAGCCACCCCACAAUAUGACCAACGUCUUUUUGGGGACAAGCUUCAUCUGGUUGGGAUGGCUCGUGGCAAAUGCGGGUUCCGGUCUUUCACCCAACUUAAGAGCGGUCACUGUUUUUGUCACAACAAACAUUUCCGCCUCCAUGGGAGGAAUCACUUGGGGAAUUAUGGAUUACAUUCGCCACGGAAGAAAGUGGUCCGCCUUAGGAUUUUGUACAGGGUCAAUAUGCGGUUUGGUCGCAAUUACACCUGCAUCAGGAUACGUCUCACCCAGUUCCAGCCUCGUCUUUGGCGUAGUUGGUUCAAUAAUUUGCAACUUUUGCGUCGACCUGAAACCACUCUUGAUACGAAUUGAGGCUGACGAUGCAUUCGACGUAUUUUGCGUGCAUGGCAUUGGUGGCAUCGUGGGCAACCUUCUCACCGGAGUUUUCGCUCAGAAAUCCAUCGCCGCAGUGGAUGGCAGCAUAAUUGAGGGGGGUUGGUUGGAUGGUAACUGGAAACAGGUGGGGAUUCAGGCCAUCGACACGGUCGCCGGGAUGGUGUGGAGCUUCGUGGUUACUGUAAUCUUGCUUUAUGUCAUCAAUAAAAUACCCGGACUUCACCUGAGGGCUGAUCCCAAGGAUGAAAACGAGGGGUUGGACAAGGCUGAAAUGGGACAAAGCGUAAAUGAAUAUGUCGAAGAAAUAAGAUCAGCCAUAGAAGAUUGUACGACGACGCGGAUUACGGUUGGUUCAAGUGACAUUGUUGCGUUCAGAAAAGUGGAAGGUCAUAAUAAUGGAGAAAUUAGUAAGGAGAAAAGGCAUGAAGAUGGGAAUGAUGAAAUGGCGGAGAAUGUGGUGGAGACAAAUUUGUAACGUAAUAAUAAGUACAAGUACGUAGAACUAUUAUGGCGGGUCACAAAAAUUUGUAUAAAUCUCACCAUGCCCCAUUUCCCGUGAUACGGGCUUUAAAUGAGGUGACUAGCCUGAAAAACUGUACUGUAGCUAUGUAUUUAGUUUGUCCAAAAUAGCCAGUUUCGGCCAUCUCACAAUUUUCCGUUUUCGGCUAUGUACACAAACAUUACGGAUCUUCUAUGCAACAUACUUAUACCAAAUCUACAUAUGGUUUUUGGGAUUGAUGUGAUUGUCUAUUUUGAUACAUAUUUCCUUAAUGUUAUGGAUAAAAUACAACACCCAUUUUGUACAUAUAUGUAAUUAAUAAACUUACAAUAUACAUAUUUCCUAACG